AGAGGUGAAGAGGAGGUAGAGGAGGGGUAUGAGACAGAUACACUAUAAAAGCAGAGAGCGGUGAGCGAAAGAAUUAGAAAGUCAAAAGAAUAGAAAAGAAAGAGUUCACACUUUGAUAGAGAGAGAGACGGACAGAAGACAAGAUGAAGGCCCUACUCGUUCUGGUGAUGAUGUUCCUCGGGGCCUCUGCCCACCUCUGCCCGAAGACCCGUGCAGAUAAUUCAACAUUUGAACUACGAUUGAAUUAUGCUAUUGAGCCAUGCACUGGUCAUGUUGCUUGGUACAAAUUGGGCUCCUACUGUGUUAAGCACAUCAACCAGAUGUUGGACUAUACGUCAGCUGAGAAUCACUGCAAAUCUGUGAAGUCUGGUGCUCAUCUGGUAUCAAUCCACAAUGCUGAGGACAACAAUGCCGUGGAUGAAUUCAGUCAGUGGAGCAGCCGACAUGACCCUCGCAUCUGGCUCGGUGGUCAUGCAGUAAAUGACCCUUCACAGGCUAGCAACUUCCUCUGGGUCGAUGGGUCCGAUAUGAAUUUCUAUGCCUGGAUUCAGGAACCCAAGCAACCAUCCGGUGACGGACGUUGCAUGGAGAUGAACUGGCUUGAAACCGGCAAAUGGAAUGAUAAACCAUGUAGCCAGAAAAACUUAUUUGUGUGUGCCUUUAAACCUGACGGAGGCCAUCUAAGAGUGGAAGCUACCGAUAAAUUGGAGCCUGAGGUGUCUCAGUUGAAGCCAUUGACAGAUGAGUAGUAUAUACCUGUCAGAUACGCUUUGCCUUAUAUAGCUUUAGUCUCAGACAUCACAACGACACCAGGACCUUGUAAAAUGUUAGAGAAAACCCAUGGCUCAAAGACAGAGCCUUUGUUGGAUUAAAGAUUUCCACAUUACAGUCAGUUUCAAUCCACCCAAUGUACGAAUUUCUGAUAAUGGUUGUAUUUGAAUAUUCUAAACACAUUGCAUUUGAGAAUGCUAUAUUUUGUCAGAAAACAACAUAACCCUAUCCAUUUUCUGGAUGAAUGGUGUUGAUAUUGUUUCAGUUGUUUGAAAGAUGAGACAUUACGCAUUGCUUGGUUUGCAAAUAAAAAAUGAAUUUUGUCAUCCA